GAUGGAAGCGAAAAAACCAUAUCUCUUCGUAUUUAUUGUAUACAUAGCAAACCUCUUAGGUUCAAUAUAUUAUUACAUUUUUGGGAGAAACUUCUAUAGCUUCAAUGUCGGUUAUAUUCUUAAUUCGUUAACUGCUGAAGAAAAGGAAUAUGUUAUGAAUGAUAAUGUCAUAUUAGAAAAUCUUAAUAGAAUAUCUGUUGAUUUGGCUGCUGUAAAGAAGCCUUUGUCUUUCAGUGGUGAAUAUUUCAUGACUAGAGGAUUUAUUGAACAGAUCAAGAACAGAGUUGCAUUUGAAAAUUAUUUGAAGCAAAAUCCCGACAUAUUAAAUGUUAAAAUAAAGGAUCCUGUAUUUUUUAUUACAUUACCAAGGACGGGAAGCACCUUUCUUCACUGUUUAUUGAAAGAGGAUCCAUCUUGGUUCGCUCCUCGCAUAUGGAUGCAAAAGAGCCAUUUUCCUUCACCCUCUAAUCCAUAUUCUGAAAAGGAUAUGGAAAUAAUUAACAAAAAUAGAGAUGAAGUUAUAUAUUUUCAAUCUCUAACUGACUGGAAUGUAUUAUCUAAAGCUCACCUUGUAAGCGAAAGAGAUCCAGAAGAUCUUCUCAUACAACUUGAACCACUUGGAAUAAAUGCAGCCGCUUCUUGGUUGUUUGGUAUGGAAGAUUAUAAUAAAUUCAUAGCAACACUUCCAUUAGAAAAAUGGUCAGAAGUUAUGAAGAAGUUGAAAGUAAUGUUUCAGUGUUUAAUGAAGAACUAUCCCAGCACAAGAUUAUUGUCAAUGAGCCACAUUUUCUGUGUAAAUGUAGAAUCUAUUUACGAAACUUUUCCAGACGCAAAAUUUGUUAUUAUUCAUAGAGAUCCUGUAAAAUCCGUAUCAUCUCUUUCAUCACUGGUUAGGUCUCUUCGUAAACUAUGGUAUAAUGGUGAAACUGAAAAAGAAAGUUACUCAUAUUUCACUAGAAUUAAUGGGGAGAUUUCUUAUCAAAUGGACAAAUAUCUAAAAUUUAGGACAAAAAUGGAAGAAAUGGGAAAAUCCGACUUAUUUGUUGAUGUUUCAUUUAAAAACUUGGUAAAAGAUCCUAUUGCUUGUGUACAAGAUCUUUACGGAAAAUUGGGAAAGAAAUGGACGAAAGAAGCAGAAGAAAAAUUGAAAUACUUUAUAGAAAAUCAAACUGAACAUAAGACAGCAAGUCAUAAAUAUAAAAUCACUGAAGAUAUGCAAAAUUAUACAAAAGAUCUAUUUAAAUCUUAUUGCGAAAGAUUUAAAGAGUUUUUAUAA